AUGACUGAAAAAAAGAAAGCUUCUCAACAUAUCGACGAAGAGGACCCUUAGGCCAAGACUAAAUAAACAGCCUAUGAGAGAUUUCUGCAUGAAAAUAAAAAGCCAUGGCUAUUUUUUAAUCUUUUCACAACUCUCGGUUCGAUUGGAUUGGCAGUCGGAACAUUUUUAGUUCUUAAUACUCAAGUAGAUGAUUGCAAAGGAUUGAAAACAGCCCUAUGGUUGGUAUUCGCUAUGCACAUAGUAAACACAAUUGAAACUAUAAUCAAUUUAUUCUCCUUAGAAAAGAGAUUGUGCAAUGGUUAUAUGAUUUGUGGCUUCUUUAUCUUUGAAAUUAUUGUGCUUUCAUACAUGCAAGUAGUUUAUUUUGAGGCUUAAUAGGAAGACUACUGCAUGACUAGAACACCCUUAAUGUACUUCUGGAUGAUGGGUUAAAUUCUAGUAUUCUACUUUGUGGUUGUACUAACAAUUUGCUUCUUCUUUAGAAAAUUCUGUCAAGAUCCAAAUCUUAAAGAUGAUGAAGAUGACGAUUUCGUAGCCACUAAGCAAUGA